CCCGCUCCGCGCCGCGCCGCUUCGCUCCGGCUCUGGCUCGCCUCGGGCUCGGCUCGGGCUCCGGCGGCGGCGCCCCCCGCGCCGGGCCCCGGGGCAGGCGGCGGCGCACCAUGGCCCGCGCCCAGGCUCUGGUCCUGGCGCUCACCUUCCAGCUGUGCGCGCCGGAGACCGAGACUCCGGCAGCCGGCUGCACCUUCGAGGAGGCAAGUGACCCAGCAGUGCCUUGCGAAUACAGCCAGGCCCAGAACGAUGACUUCCAGUGGGAGCAAGUGCGGAUCCACCCUGGUACCCGGGCACCUGCAGACCUGCCCCAUGGCUCGUACUUGAUGGUCAACGCUUCUCAGCAUGCCCCAGGCCAGCGGGCCCAUGUCAUCUUCCAGAGCCUGAGCGAGAAUGACACCCACUGUGUGCAGUUCAGCUACUUCCUGUACAGCCGGGAUGGGCACAGUCCGGGCACCUUGGGCAUCUACGUGCGCGUCAAUGGGGGUCCCCUGGGCAGCGCUGUCUGGAAUAUGACUGGAUCCCACGGCCGUCAGUGGUACCAGGCUGAGCUGGCUGUCAGCACUUUCUGGCCUAAUGAAUAUCAGGUGCUGUUUGAGGCCCUCAUCUCCCCAGACCGCAGGGGCUACAUGGGCCUAGAUGACAUCCUGCUUCUCAGCUACCCCUGCGCAAAGGCCCCCCACUUCUCCCGCUUGGGAGACGUGGAGGUCAACGCGGGCCAGAACGCCUCGUUCCAGUGCAUGGCGGCAGGCAGAGCGGCCGAGGCGGAGCGCUUCCUCCUGCAGCGGCAGAGCGGGGCGCUGGUGCCCGCGGCCGGCGUGCGGCACAUCAGCCACCGGCGCUUCCUGGCCACCUUCCCGCUGGCAGCCGUGGGCCGCGCGGAGCAGGACCUGUACCGCUGCGUGUCCCAGGCCCCGCGCGGCGCGGGCGUCUCCAACUUCGCGGAGCUCAUCGUCAAGGAGCCCCCUACCCCCAUCGCGCCCCCACAGCUACUGCGCGCUGGUCCUACCUACCUCAUCAUCCAGCUCAACACCAACUCCAUCAUUGGCGACGGGCCGAUCGUGCGCAAGGAGAUUGAGUACCGCAUGGCGCGCGGCCCUUGGGCCGAGGUGCACGCUGUCAGCCUGCAGACCUACAAGCUGUGGCACCUCGACCCCGACACCGAGUAUGAGAUCAGCGUGCUGCUCACGCGCCCGGGUGACGGCGGCACCGGCCGCCCAGGGCCGCCCCUCGUCAGCCGCACCAAGUGCGCAGAGCCCAUGAGGGCCCCCAAAGGCCUGGCGUUUGCCGAGAUCCAGGCCCGCCAGUUGACCCUGCAGUGGGAACCGCUGGGCUACAACGUGACACGUUGCCACACCUACACUGUGUCCCUGUGCUACCACUACACCCUGGGCAGCAGCCACAACCAGACCUUCCGGGAGUGCGUGAAGAUGGAGCGGGGUGUCAGCCGCUACGCCAUCAAGAACCUGCUGCCUUACCGGAAUGUCCACGUGCGGCUCGUCCUCACUAACCCCGAGGGGCGCAAGGAGGGCAAGGAGGUCACCUUCCAGACGGACGAGGAUGUGCCUGGCGGGAUUGCGGCGGAGUCCCUGACCUUCACUCCACUGGAGGACAUGAUCUUCCUCAAGUGGGAGGAGCCCCAGGAACCCAAUGGCCUCAUCACUCAGUAUGAGAUCAGCUACCAGAGCAUCGAGUCAUCAGACCCUGCGGUGAACGUGCCGGGCCCACGACGUACCAUCUCCAAGCUCCGCAACGAGACCUACCACGUCUUCUCCAACCUGCACCCAGGCACCACCUACCUGUUCUCCGUGCGGGCCCGCACCAGCAAGGGCUUUGGCCAGGCGGCACUCACCGAGAUCACCACCAACAUCUCAGCUCCCAGCUUUGAUUAUGCCGACAUGCCGUCGCCCCUGGGCGAGUCUGAGAACACCAUCACCGUGCUGCUGAGGCCGGCACAGGGCCGCGGCGCGCCCAUCAGUGUGUACCAGGUGAUUGUGGAGGAGGAGCGACCGCGGAGGCUGCGGCGGGAGCCAGGUGGCCAGGACUGCUUCCCAGUGCCGCUGACCUUCGACGCGGCGCUGGCCCGCGGCCUGGUGCACUACUUUGGCGCAGAACUGGCGGCCAGCAGUCUGCCCGAGGCCAUGCCCUUCACCGUGGGUGACAACCAGACCUAUCGCGGCUUCUGGAACCCACCGCUUGAGCCCAGGAAGGCCUACCUCAUCUACUUCCAGGCAACAAGCCACCUGAAGGGGGAGACCCGACUGAAUUGCAUCCGCAUUGCCAGGAAGGCUGCCUGUAAGGAAAGCAAGCAGCCCCUGGAGGUGUCCCAGAGAUCGGAGGAGAUGGGGCUCAUUCUGGGCAUCUGUGCGGGGGGACUUGCUGUUCUAAUCCUCCUCCUGGGGGCCAUCAUUAUCAUCAUCCGCAAGGGGAAGCCGGUGAACAUGACCAAGGCCACCGUCAACUACCGCCAGGAGAAGACCCACAUGAUGAGCGCCGUGGACCGGAGCUUCACAGACCAGAGCACCCUGCAGGAGGAUGAGCGGCUGGGCUUGUCCUUCAUGGACGCCCACGGCUACAGCCCCCGGGGGGACCAGCGCAGCGGUGGGGUCACUGAGGCCAGCAGCCUCCUGGGGGGCUCUCCGCGGCGUCCGUGUGGCCGGAAGGGCUCCCCGUACCACACGGGGCAGCUGCAUCCCGCGGUGCGUGUGGCCGACCUCCUUCAGCACAUCAACCAGAUGAAGACGGCCGAGGGCUAUGGCUUCAAGCAGGAGUACGAGAGCUUCUUUGAAGGCUGGGAUGCCACAAAGAAGAAAGACAAGCUCAAGGGCAGCCGGCAGGAGCACGUGCCUGCCUAUGAUCGGCACCGAGUGAAACUGCACCCGAUGCUGGGAGACCCGGAUGCGGACUACAUUAACGCCAACUACAUAGACGGCUACCACAGGUCAAACCACUUCAUAGCCACUCAAGGGCCGAAGCCCGAGAUGGUCUACGACUUCUGGCGCAUGGUGUGGCAGGAGCACUGUUCCAGCAUUGUCAUGAUCACCAAGCUGGUGGAGGUGGGCAGGGUGAAAUGCUCACGGUACUGGCCGGAGGACUCGGACAUGUACGGGGACAUCAAGAUCACGCUGGUGAAGACGGAGACUUUAGCCGAAUAUGUUGUGCGCACCUUUGCCCUGGAGCGGAGUGGCUACACUGCCCGGCAUGAGGUCCGCCAGUUCCACUUCACGGCCUGGCCGGAGCAUGGUGUCCCCUACCAUGCUACUGGGCUGCUGGCCUUCAUCCGGCGCGUGAAGGCCUCCACGCCCCCUGACGCUGGGCCCAUCGUCAUCCACUGCAGCGCGGGCACUGGCCGCACAGGUUGCUACAUCGUUCUGGAUGUGAUGCUGGACAUGGCGGAGUGUGAGGGCGUCGUGGACAUUUACAACUGCGUGAAGACCCUCUGCUCCCGGCGCGUCAACAUGAUCCAGACGGAGGAGCAGUACAUCUUCAUCCACGACGCAAUCCUGGAGGCCUGCCUGUGUGGGGAGACCACCAUCCCUGUCAGCGAGUUCAAGGCCACCUACAAGGAGAUGAUCCGCAUUGACCCUCAGAGUAAUUCGUCCCAGCUGCGGGAGGAGUUCCAGACGCUGAACUCGGUCACGCCGCCGCUGGACGUGGAGGAGUGCAGCAUCGCCCUGCUGCCCCGGAACCGGGACAAGAACCGCAGCAUGGACGUGCUGCCGCCCGACCGCUGCCUGCCCUUCCUCAUCCCCACCGACGGGGACCCCAGCAACUACAUCAACGCAGCCCUGACUGACAGCUACACGCGGAGCGCAGCGUUCAUCGUGACCCUGCACCCGCUGCAGAGCACCACGCCCGACUUCUGGCGGCUGGUCUACGACUAUGGGUGCACCUCCAUCGUCAUGCUCAACCAGCUGCACCAGUCCAACUCUGCCUGGCCGUGCCUGCAGUACUGGCCAGAGCCAGGCCGGCAGCAGUAUGGCCUCAUGGAGGUGGAGUUCGUGUCAGGUUCAGUGGAUGAAGACUUGGUAGCCCGUGUCUUCCGGGUGCAGAACAUCUCUCGGCUGCAGGAAGGGCACCUGCUGGUGCGGCACUUCCAGUUCCUGCGCUGGUCUGCAUACCGGGACACGCCUGACUCCAAGAAGGCCUUCCUGCACCUGCUGGCCGAGGUGGACAAGUGGCAGGCGGAGAGUGGGGAUGGACGCACCGUUGUGCACUGCCUAAAUGGUGGCGGCCGCAGCGGCACCUUCUGCGCCUGUGCCACCGUCCUGGAGAUGAUCCGCUGCCACAGCCUGGUGGACGUUUUCUUUGCUGCCAAAACGCUUAGGAACUACAAGCCCAAUAUGGUGGAGACCCUGGAUCAGUACCACUUUUGCUACGAUGUGGCCCUGGAGUACCUGGAGGGGCUGGAGGCAAGAUAGCGGGGCCCGUGGCCUGGGACACCCACUGCGCACUCAGGGCCAGGCCCACCAUGCCAGACUGAUGAGAAAGACCUAUGCUCCCUAUUCUGCUCAGCCACAGCCCCAACAGGGAAAGCACUGGAGUGGACACUGGGCCCUCGAUGCCCCUUCCACUGUGGACAGGGCCUUUUGACCUGUCCCAUGAGCAGGCUGUGGGCCAAGGAGGAGCUUAGCAAGACUGCAGCCCAGCCCACGUCCACAGGGUCCUGCAGGCCUGUGCUGAGAGGCCUGGCACUGCCUGGCAGAGUGACAGGGGCUCAGAACUGCCAGCUCCAGGGAACCCAGGCCCAAGCCCCUUGACUGUGUCCCACCCCUCGGCAGAGAUAUGUGAGGCCCUGCAGAGCGUGUGCCAGGCCGAGGGUUCCACCACUUGGCUCGACAUGGGUAGAGAGUGCACCGGGGCUUGGCUUCUAGAAUCUCAUCUGGCCCAGCUGCUGAGGGCCCUGGGGAGAUUGGGCUCUGCCCUGAAUUGCCAGUGGGCAUGGCAGCUUGGCCUCCCCGGGGGGAGCUGCAGCCCCAGGGAUAUUUUGCUCAUGACCCCUCUCACUUCUGCUUCCCUGACAUGUGCUCUGAGCUUCCCCGAACCAGGAGCUGCCCAUCCCCACCCUGCCCCCUCAGAGCCCCUGCCUGCCUGACCCAGUGUCUGCAGAAUGAAGUCACCUCAGUCCCUCUGCCUGUACCUUUCAGGCCUCACUGGCCGGUCCUGCUCAGCCUGGGCCAGUGACAGUCUGUGAGGCUGAAUGACAGCCCCUGGGGUUGAGGUCCCUGUGGCUCCUGGUCAAACUGCCCACUGGGGAGGGGGUGCUGCUAGGUCAGGGGUGCUCGCAAGCCCUAGAGUUUGGAGGAAGAAGGUAUAUUUUAUGAUGGAACAUCAAUGCUUUUUUGUUUGUUUUGUUAUUUUUUGAUGGAGGGGUGGGAAGAUCUCUUUAAAAUGGGGCAGGCCACACCCCCAUUCCGUGCCUCAAUUUCCCCAUCUGUAAACUGUAGAUAUGACUACUGACCUACCUCGCAGGGGGCUGUGGGGAGGCUUAAGCUGAUGUUUGUAAAACGCUUUGUAAAUAAACGUGCUCUCUGAAUGCCA